UUCUCUGUCAACUCAACUCUUCUCUCUAAUAAUUCAAAUCCCAAUCCCUCCAACGGCUAUUUCCAAACCCCAUCAUCUUUCUUCUUACCUUUCCCCAUUUCCUUCGCUCUCUGUGUUCUUCUUCUCCUCUGCCCCAAAAUGAAGCACUUCAUGCUCCCAAGAAACCCUCUCAGGGACGCAGAACUCGCUUCUUCGGCCACCCCAGCCCCCUCUCCUAGCUCCGCCAAAACCCGCCCCUCUCGCAAGCACAAACACUCCAAAGAGAAUGACCCUCCCUCCGAUCCCAAUCUCGCCGUUCCUUCUCCCGGAAAGUUCAAGAGCCCCUUGCCUCCGAGACCUCCCUCAUCCAACCCUCUCAAGCGAAAGCUCGCCGUGGCCGCCGAUGCCCUAGCCGACAAUUCCCUCCCCGCAUCCUCCGAUUCCGGCGUCAAGGUUAUCGUGAGGAUGAGGCCGCUCUGUCCCGACAAGGACGAAGGGGAUCCCACUGUUCAGAAGGUUUCCAAUGACUCGUUGUCCAUCAAUGGCCACAACUUCACCUUCGAUUCCGUUGCUGACACUGCGGCUACUCAGCUGGAUAUUUUCGAACAUGUUGGUGUGCCACUGGUGGAGCAUUGCUUGGCUGGUUUCAAUAGUUCAGUUUUUGCUUAUGGACAGACGGGGAGUGGGAAGACUUAUACGAUGUGGGGUCCUGCUAACUGUUUGUUGGAAGAAAACGAUCAGCAAGGACUUGCACCCCGUGUUUUUCAGCAACUAUUUGCACGCAUAAAUGAAGAGCAAGCUAAGCAUUCUGACAAGCAACUCAACUAUCAGUGCAACUGUUCUUUUCUUGAGAUAUACAAUGAGCAAAUCAUGGAUCUAUUGGAUCCUAGUCAGAGAAACCUACAGAUUCGAGAAGAUGUCAAAUCUGGUGUCUAUGUUGAAAAUCUUACAGAGGAGCCUGUGUCUUCAGUUAAGGAUGUAACUCAGCUUUUAAUAAAGGGAUUAUCAAACAGGAGAACCGGUGCAACCAGUAUAAAUUCAGAGAGUUCCCGCUCACACACUGUUUUAAUUUGUGUAGUUGAAUCUCGAUGCAAGAGUGCAGCAGAUGGUGUGAGCAGAUUUAAAUCAAGUAGGAUCAAUCUUGUUGAUUUAGCUGGGUCAGAACGACAAAAAUCAACCGGUGCUGCAGGAGAGCGAUUGAAAGAAGCUGGGAAUAUUAAUAGAUCACUCUCACAGCUUGGGAAUUUGAUAAAUAUUCUUGCGGAAGUCUCUCAAACGGGAAAGCAGCGGCAUAUACCAUAUAGAGAUUCGAGGCUGACAUUUCUGUUGCAGGAGUCUCUUGGAGGAAAUGCAAAAUUAGCAAUGAUUUGUGCUAUUUCACCAGCGCAAAGUUGUAGGAGUGAAACAUUUAGUACACUGAGAUUUGCACAACGUGCAAAAGCUAUCAAGAACAAGGCUGUUGUUAAUGAAGUUAUGGAAGAAGAUGUGAAGCACUUGCGACAAGUGAUACGGCAACUUCGGGAUGAGCUCCAUCGAAUUAAAGAAAAUGGCUACAACCCAAUGGACUCAAGUGGAGGUCAUUCAGCAGCUUGGAUCCGGCGAAGCUUGAAUUUGUUACAAUCCAGCCUCAAUCGACCACAACCAUUAUCCCGUGUUGAUGAAGAUGGUGAUGAGGAGAUGGAAAUUGACGAAGAAGUUGUUGAGGACCAUGACGAAGCUUCCUGCAAUACCAAUAUUCCGAGUAAUUGUAAUACUGCAGCUGAUAAUGACAAUGGAAUGAACACUGAUGAUCAGGUUUUAGCUCAACCUAGUGAGGAGAAAAAUAUGCCUGGUUGGCCUGGCAGUAAAAGUCUUAGUGAAGAACCAUCAUGUGCAAUGGUACAGAACAGUUUGUCUUGUCCAAUGGGCGAAUCUGACGUUGGAAGUUUUACCGGUUUUUCAGCCCCAGAUUUGCCCAGUGAGUCUCCUAGUGCAGCAAUGAAUUGUGUCUCACCUGCCAGCCUCAGCAUAGUUCAGUGUGAUUUGUCCCCAAACCUUAAAUCCCCAGCUCCUAGUGUUUCACCUAGAAUCAGUACCAGCAGAAAAAGUCUGAGGACAUCAACAGGGUUCUCUCCUUCUGAAAGCGAUCUUCAUGUUGAAAAAGAUUUGGGAAUUAGAACUAGCAAUAAGAAAAACUCAUAUUCUGCCUGUUCUAGUCAGACAGCUCCAAAUUUCAUUAGUAAAACAGAAAAUUUAGCAGCAAGCAUACGCCAUGGUCUUGAAAUUAUUGAUAGUUACCAACGCAAUUCAACUUUGAGGCAGUCAGCAUACAGGUUUUCCUUACGACCAAGAGAAUCUAGAUUAAUUUUUCCAGUUGACAAAGUUGAUGUGGGCCUGCAGACUUCUCUUGAUGAUAAUGUUGGAGAGAAUUCUGUUUCAUUCACCUGUAGUAAUUGUAAAAGCAGAGCACAACUUGAGGCCAACGAGAGUGACAAUAACUCAAACCUACAGUUAGUACCGUUUGAAUGCCCUGGGUCUGUUGAUAGGCCAAAGAAACAAGUGCUCAAAGCAGUAGAAAAGGUUUUGGCAGAAUCUAUAAGGAGAGAAAUGGCACUUGAAGAGUUUUGUGCCAAGCAGACUUCUGAGAUAUUGCAGCUUAAUCGCCUGGUGGAACAGUACAAGCACGAGAGGGAGUGCAAUGCUAUAAUUGCACAGACAAGGGAAGAUAAAAUUCUUCGUCUUGAGAGCCUCAUGGAUGGUGUUUUACCCACUGAAGAGUUCAUGGCAGAAGAACUAGUGGCUCUUAACCAUGAACACAAGUUGUUAAAGGAUAAGUACGAGAAUCAUCCAGAAGUUUUGGAAAUGAAGAUAGAGUUGAAAAAGGUGCAAGAUGAAUUGGAAAAGUAUCAAAAUUUCUAUAAAUUUGGGGAGAGAGAAGUGCUGAUGGAAGAGAUACAAAGUUUGAGAAGCCAGCUUCAAUUUUAUAUCGACUCUUCAUCCACAUCAUCAAGGAAGCAAUAUCCGCUAUUGCAAUUGACGUUGUCUUCUGAUCCCAGUACGACAGCAACCCUCACUGCCAUUCCAGAGUUGACAGAUGAGAGCGAGGAGACAAAUGAAGUUCUAGCAUCAUCCAAUAACGAUAUUGAAGCAAAGGAAAGUCUAGAAUCCUCCAAGAAUACUAAUGAAGCAAAUGAAAUUCUAGCAUCAUCCAAUAAUGAUAUUGAAGCACAAUUUGAACAAGAAAGAAUUAAAUGGACUGAGGCAGAAAGCAGGUGGAUUUGUCUUUCUGAAGAACUUAGAGGUGAGCUUGAAAGUUGCAGAUUGCUAUCUGAAAAGAGGAAGCGGGAAUUAGAUGCUGAGAGGCAGUGUACUCAGGAGCUUCAGGAAGCCAUGCACAUGGCUAUAGAAGGGCAUGCAAGACUUUUAGAACAAUAUGCAGAUUUGGAAGAGAAACACAUCCAUUUGCUUGCAAGACAUAGACAGAUCCAAGAUGGAAUCGAGGAUGUCAAGAAAGCGGCUUCCAGAGCAGGAGUAAGAGGUGCAGAAUCUAAGUUCAUAAAUGCCCUUGCUGCUGAAAUUUCAGCUUUAAAAGCGGAAAGAGAAAAAGAACGAAGAAUCUUGAGGGAUGAAAAUAAAGGGCUUCAGUCCCAGUUGAAGGACACUGCAGAAGCAGUACAAGCUGCUGGUGAACUGCUUUUGCGGCUUAAGGAGGCUGAAGAAACUGUCACUGCUGCACAGAAACGGGCUAUGGAUGCAGAGCAGGAAGCCGCCAAGGCCUACAAACAAAUUGACAAGUUGAAGAAGAAACAUGAGAAGGAGAUCAUCACACUUAAUGAGCUCCUUGCAGAAGCACGUUUGCCGAAGGAAUCGGUACGACCAACUUAUGAUGACGAUGUCGUCAUGCCCAGUUAUGACGACUCAAAGGAACCAAACAGUUUUAAUGAUCAGUUUGAGCCAUUUCAUAAUAAUGCAGAGUAUGGCGAGCUUGCAAAACUAGCAGAACCAUCAUGGUUCUCUGGUUACGAUAGAUGUAACAUAUAAAUAUAUCAUCACAUUACAAUGUGUCAUUUGUAUUAAUUUGUUCAUAUAUGAUUUGAAAGAAAUGGUUGUAUUCUUUAGUUCCUACUUUUUGUUAGCAUAAACGAGUUUCUCUCCCCAUUUAUAUCUUACUCAAAACUAUUUUGAGUUGGCACAACAUUUACCUGAUAGCGAUUGUCGGUUGCAAAGUCGAUGAUGCAGAUUUUCAUUCUUU